AUGAGCGGCUACGAUAGAGCUUUAUCUGUUUUCAGUCCCGAUGGACACGUUUUUCAAGUUGAAUAUGCCCUAGAAGCUGUUAAGCGAGGAACUUGUGCUGUUGCAGUAAAGGGCGGUGAGGCCGUAAUCGUGGGCUGUGAAAAACGCUCUGCACUUAAGCUCCAGGAUACACGAACAACUCCUAGCAAGAUCAAUCAGCUUGACGACCAUAUCUAUCUCGCUUUUGCCGGCCUUAAUGCAGAUGCCCGUAUUCUUAUUGACAAGGCUCGUGUCGAGGCCCAAUCCCGCAAGCUCACUGUCGAGGACCCUGCCACUGUUGAGUACAUGACCAAAUACAUUGCCGGUGUCCAACAACGCUACACCCAAUCCGGAGGUGUUCGACCCUUUGGUGUAUCCACUAUUGUGGUUGGAUUUGAUCCCAAUGACUCAACCCCUCAGCUCUACAUGACCGAGCCAUCGGGUAUUUACUCAGCAUGGAAGGCUAAUGCCAUUGGCCGCAACAGCAAGACCGUUCGCGAACUACUGGAAAAGAGCUAUGAGCCUGAUCUUUCCACAGAGGCAACCAUCAAACUGGCUGUCAGGAGUUUGCUUGAAGUUGUCCAGACUGGUGCCAAAAACAUUGAAAUCAUGGUUCUAGAGCCUGGUAAAAAGGCUCGAACUCUUGACGCAGAAUCUUUAAGCACCUAUGUUACUGAGAUUGAAGCUGAGAAGGAAGCUGAGGCUGCUGCAAAAAAACACACGCGGUCUAGUCAGCAGCAAUAA